CUCAUCUUGUUGUUCGCGGUGUUGAGGAAGUUUGCCUGGGACUACGGAAGGAUUGCUCUAGUCAGCAGAACAGAGGAAAAUGCAAAUUUGACAACCAACAGCCAAUACAAUGUGUGGACCUCCCUGUUUUAUGGUGACCAUGACGAUGACAACAAAAACAAAACCCAGGGGUCAGUGGAAUCUUUGGAUGCUCACAUACAUAAACAUGACAGUAAUAUCUGUUCCUGGAUCCCAGCUUUCUUCAGAGUCAAAGAUUCAGACAUCUUAAAGAAGAGUGGACAGGAUGCCAUUCAGUAUUUGUCGUUCCAGCGUUACCUGAUUAUUUACACCACAAUAGUGAUGGUGCUCUCUGUUGUCAUCAUUGUACCUGUCAACUUCUCCGGUAACAACAUUGGAAAUGCAACAGAUUUUGGGCAUACAACCAUUGGAAAUUUAGAUCCAGAUUCUCCGCUGCUGUGGGUCCAUGCUGUCCUAGCCGUGGCCUUCCUGAUUUUAUUGGUCGGUCUGAUGCGACAUUUCCGCGUUAAUCUUCAGUAUCAGGAGGAUGAGCAGGUGUCAAGGACACUGAUGAUCUCAGGGAUCCCUAAAAACCAGUGCUACAAAAACCAGAUCACCCAGCAUUUUGAGGAAGCAUACCCCGAGGCGAGUGUGGUUGAUGUCCAGUUUGCCUACAACAUCGCAGAGUUAGUGAAACUGGAUGAAAAUAGGAGGGUAGCAGAGGAAGCUUUAAAAAAUUCUAAGAUUGAGUUUGAGAAGACAGGAAUUCGUCCAACCAUGACGCCGGUCACCUGUGGACAGUGUUGCUGCUGCUGUGCUGCCUGUGGGUGCAAAGAGGUGGAUGCCAUUGAGCAUUAUGAAUCAGUGGCCAAAAAAUACCGGGAAAAGUGUGAGAAAGAGAAGGUGACUGCUUAUCAGGAUCCAGCGGGGAUAGCCUUUGUCACCUUCUACACUGACCUAAUGGCUGCAAGGGUGAGGAGUGAUUUUGAGGGCACCUGCAAAGGCAGCAGUAACCCCCAGAACUCCUCCCUCAACCAGAAGCUGGGGGUAUGGAACUGGAGUGUUCACUAUGCCCCCUCCCCAGAAAAUAUUUACUGGGAAAACAUUUCUAAGUCACGCUGGAAGUGGUGGAUGAUGGCUAUCAUCGUCAAUGUCAUCCUUGUCGUCAUCCUUUUCUUCUUCACCACUCCUCUAAUCAUCAUCAACACCCUCAACCAACUGGAGUACCUCAAACCUCUGGAGGAACAUAGUCCACUGUUGAUCCAGUUCUUGCCCACCUUGCUGCUGUGGACAUUCUCAGCAUUACUGCCCAAUGUGGUGUACUACUCUGACUCCACAUUUAUAGGACACUGGACUAGAACUGCUGAGCACCAUGCUAUAAUGGUCAAGUCCUUUAUAUUCCUGAUUCUGAUGGUACUUAUCCUUCCCUCACUAGGAUUAACGAGUACCAAGGCUUUAAUUCAGUGGUUUGUCCUGGAUAGAGACUCAAAUUUCCGUUGGAAGUGUAUAUUUUUAGCAGGACAUGGCGCUUUCUUUGUUAACUAUGUGAUAACUGCAGCUUUUAUUGGGACAGCUUUAGAAUUAAUUCGAUUUUCUGAACUCUUCAUGUACGGUCUCAAGUUGUUACUGGCUCACUCUGCUGCUGAGAAAACAGCUGUCAGGAAGUCUGUGCUGUGGGAGUUUCAGUAUGGUAUACAGUAUGCCUGGAUGUUGUGUGUGUUUGCUGUACUUAUGGCCUACAGUCUUCUGUGUCCACUGGUAGUUCCUUUUGGUUGGGUGUACAUGAUUCUGAAGCAUGCAGUAGACAGAUAUAACAUUUACUUUGCCUACAAACCCUCAAAGAUAAACAAGAAGAUUCAUUACACGGCCAUUAACUUUGUCAUCAUAGCCACCAUACUUCUACAGUUCAAUGUUGUCUUCUUCACGGCUCUCAGAUCAGAUAUAGUUUAUGAGGCUGUAAACCCAGUUUUUGUCUUCUCCUCGGUGGCCCUCUUUAUCUCCAUUGUUAUGUUCGUCGGCCGCGCCUUCUUUGGAUGGUUUAAAAAUCUGUCUUCAGCCACCAGAAAAUAUAUGAAAGAUCAUCCCAAGGAAUCAAAUGCUAGGUCACAAAAUUCUCCCUCAAUUGAUUCUCCAGAUCACUUUGUGGAACAAGAGCAAGGAGCCAGUACACCCGAUUCUACAGAUAGACCUUUUGUUGCUGGAGUUCUAUUGGAUGAUAAUGCCCCGCCUUCAGAGAAUGGUGCUAGCCGAUUGGCUGCUUCCUAUGGAACUAUGUCUGGCACUACACCAGUAAACCAGGAUAAUGAAGAAGUGAGCACUAAUGAUGUCCACUAUGUCCAGUAGUGGUCACUUUACACCAAGGAAUCAAUGUCUUCUAAUCAUAGAACUCCAAGAAAUGUAGAAAGCUACCAUAGUUAUACCAAAGCUUCCACACUGAAUAUAAAAUCAUUAUGUUUUGAUAGAAAAAAAAAACUCUGUGCAAGAUCUUCAUGUCAUCUGAUUUUAAUGAGGCAUAAUUUUAUCAGAAAGGGCAUGUUUAACACACAAAAGCAAAUAUGUAAGGAAGCUUUAAAACUACCUUAAAGAAAAACUAAAUAUUUAUGUACUAGUGCUAGAAUCUAGGAAAAAGUCAGGUUGAUAUUUGUAUUACACAGACAGUGCCUCUGGUAUUUAAAACAGCCAAAUGCCAAAAGUCGUGCUCAAAAAUAAACCUUCUGGAGUCAAAUAUACAACUAUGUACAUGAAUAUAUUAUUGUACAUGAAAUGUGACAUGUUUGAUAAGUAAACUAUAUUUU